UCCUUCUGCGUUUUAUAUUGCUGCAUUUGCUAUGUAAUACAUUUUGAUUGUGUACCAUGUUGUAAUAUAUAUAUCAAUGUAGGGCGGUACUCAUUAUAUUAUUGGGCCAUGCAUUCAUAGUUUGAUCAGCUGUUCUAUGGGAUUUAAUACUCUCUACUUCCGGGUAAAUUUCAGUCGAUGACGUACAGUGACUCGUGAUUGGCUUUAUACGCCAUUUUCUUGUCAUCAGAGAACGACAUAAAGAACUUCCUUCUUCUGAGGAAGGUACUUGCUGCCUCAUUCAGCAAGGUGAAGUGAGUACCCACUGGCCUCUGCUGAUUAAAAUAUUUGUAACUUCUGUCUGGUAGUGAGACAUAAGAAGAGAACAUGGCAUCCCGCAAGAAAGUACUUUUGAAAGUAAUUAUCCUGGGUGAUUCUGGAGUUGGUAAAACAUCACUGAUGAACCAGUAUGUCAACAAAAAGUUCUCAAAUCAGUACAAAGCAACAAUUGGUGCCGACUUCCUCACUAAAGAGGUGAUGGUAGAUGACCGAAUAGUUACCAUGCAGAUUUGGGACACUGCAGGACAAGAACGAUUUCAGUCAUUGGGAGUGGCAUUUUACCGAGGUGCCGACUGCUGCGUAUUGGUCUUUGAUGUUUCUGCUCCCAACACUUUCAAGUCCUUAGAUAGUUGGAGAGAUGAGUUCCUAAUACAGGCUUCUCCCCGGGAUCCAGAAAAUUUUCCAUUUGUUGUUCUUGGGAAUAAAGUUGAUCUUGAGAACAGAGCAGUGUCGGCAAAGCGGGCCCAGCAGUGGUGUCAGGCUAAGAACAAUAUACCAUACUUUGAAACAUCAGCUAAGGAAGCGAUCAACGUGGAACAGGCAUUCCAGACAAUUGCGAAGAAUGCGCUGGCACAGGAAAGUGAAGUUGAGUUGUACAAUGAAUUUCCUGACCAGAUAAAACUGACAGGAGAACAGAAAGGCAACCGGCAAGAUGUCUGCUCGUGCUAAUCUGAUGGUCUGGGAGAAGCAGAACAGUAUCAGGCCUGAAGAAAAUGAUGAGGACGUUUAAAGAUGUGAUUCACUCCCUUUAAUGCAGUUUAUCAAGGGAAUGACAUGUGAAAUGAAGACGUUACAUGGGAAAUGAACUGAAAGAAAUAUGAAUACUCUCAGAAUUUAAAGCUGUUACUUGCAGAAAAAUUGUCAUUAAUAUUAAUAACAAAAAUUGUCGAGCAAGAACAUUAUGGCAGAAAAAUGGUUUUGUGGUACACAAAUGUAAACUUAAAUUCUUUGUUAUGACAUUAUUUUCUCUUUCUCUUUAUAAUGUAUAAUAGAUUUGAUUUUCUGAUUGUAAAUUAAGGGAGUGUUUUAUUAAAUCCUAUACCAAAAUUGGCAGUCAAGUCCGGUAAUAUUUGCUAAAGCCAAGUGGUGGACAAGUAUGAUUGUCAGUAGUAGAGAUGUCUGUGAAACUAGAUUUAUAGAUAUUUGUUAAAUUAUUUUCCUUUUUCUCAAACAAAACUAAAUGCUAUUGGUCAGUGCAUGCCUGAUGGAGAUGAUUAUAUGACAUUAGUUCCAGAGAGAAUAUUGUUUGUGUACAGCUUAUUUGUAGUGCAUACUGUGCUGAAAGCAAAAACUUCCGUAAACAUUUUAUGUUAUUAAAAUUUAAUGUGCUGUCUGAAAAAAUUCAUUUAAUUUUUAAUGACCCUAAGGCCACUUCUUUGUUUACAUUGCAAGUCUCUAGUAAUAUUAAUGAAUUUAGCCGACUGGUAAUGUAUCGUACAGAAAUUUAAUAAAUAGCUCAUUGUUAAUGAGAACUAAAGUGAAAAUUUGGUGUAUCAUUUAUUUAUGGGCUUCAUGUAGGUUGCCAAAGAUGAAUAUGAAUAAAUAUUACGAAUGGUGUUAUUGCUGUUUGAAUUACAUUACAUACAGUAAUUAAUGUUUUGCUUUUUUAUAUCCAAGAUUAGUUGAUAAGAGGGCGUAAUUUGCAAUGUGGUUGGCCCACAACUUGUUAGAUUUAAGAGCCUGGAACCAGUCUUACUGGUUGUAUAAAAUGUCCUUACUUUGUCAAUGAUCUGUCUUUGCAAUCUAUUAAUAUAUCUGUUCUGUAUGUAUUGGGAAUAGUGAGAAAUUCUCCUACUCUUCCCCCCACUGAAGGGGGCUUCAGAGCCCACAGUUAAUGUGUUUUGAGUACAGCACUCUCUGUUGAAAUUAAAAAUAACAAUAAAGACAUUUUCAUAAAUUUUAACUGAUAUGUUUUUGUAUACCCAAAUUUCAAAAAUGGAUACUCUGCUUUUACAUUUAACUGUUGCCUGAGUAAUUGGUUUUGUCGUAAAGGUUUAAUAAUAUAUCACAAUAACUGUCAGUUGUUUGAAUAUUGUAGGCCGACAGUAGUCCAGCUGGAACGUCGUGUCUGAUUCGUCCCUUUGCCUGUGGCAUAUAAACUCUGGUAGGAAACGUGGAGGAAGUUGAAGUAAAAUGUUUAUGUGUUGAAUUAAGUAUGUUGAGAAGGAAGACGGAUAAAACGUACGGGCCUUAAAUGUUUCCCCUUAUCACUAGAGUUUACAAUAAAACAAUUUUGAAUUAAUAUAUAAUGUGUUGGUUAAAAUAUACAAAACAGUUUUGCCUGUUUUGUAUGAGUGUGAAACAUGGUCUCUCACUCUCAGGGAGGAACAUUGAUUGCAGGUUUUUGAGAAUUGGGUGUUGAGGAGGAUAUUUGGUCCUGGGAGAGAAGAGAAUGGGGCAUGGAGAAAGCUUCAUAGUGAUGAACUUAAAAAUUUAUACUCCUCCCACAAUAUUGUCAGAGUGAUUAAGUCGAGAAGAAUGAGAUGUGCGGGGCAUGCAUGGAUGGGGUAAAAGGUGUGCACUGGGUAUUGGUCAGGAAGCCUGAGGGGCAAAGACCGCUGGGGAAAAUUAGAUGUAGAUGGGAGGAUAGUAUCAAGCAGUAUGUAUGGGGGAGAGGUGUUGAAGGCGACUGGAUUUGGCUGGCCCAGGACAGGGUCCGAUGGAGGGCUUUGGUUAAUUCGGUGAUGAACCUUCAGGUUCCCUAAGCCAUGUAGUUAGUUGUGUUGGCCUAAUGAUGUGAAGUGUGUUUAUUAUACUGCCUGCCAGCACAUACUUUUUCAUUUAUGGUAAUUUACUGCAUAUUUUAACUUCAGUUGGCAAUUUUCUUCCAUGUUUUUUAGUGGGUGGUGCAAAGGAAAGAGGCUUUUUUAAAAACAACGGGAAAUAAAUGACUAAGUAGAUUCGUUACUGUCCAGCUGAAGUGCAUGUUGCAUGUAUCAUAGAUGUGUUCCUGCGUGCACAUAUGUGAAAGUUUGUUUUAGUAGGGUUAGGUGGUAUUUAAAUUCACUUUUGCAUCUGAUUACUGACAUUAGAUUUAGUUUCAUAUCAGUUGUAAUUUCAAAACAUGGAACUGGAUUGCUGGUGAAACAUUAUUAAGAAUUAUUAGAAGUCCUUUUUUUUACAAGUGUUCUCAGAAACCAUAACAUAAAAAUAAAGUUCUCUGACUUUGGUAUAGCAAAUUGCUUGUGUUGUAAAGGCUGGUUAGAAAUACACACAGUUCAUAUUGGAAAAAUGUUGCAAUUUUCAUUAAUAUUUCUUGUUAUUUUGUAAAGAAGUCAGCAUUACAAUUAUGUAUUUAAAAGUAGUGAGCUUUUUUUAUGUUGCUGGUGUUUGUAUGGAAUUUAACCAUGUAAACGUACCAAAGCAAAUACAUAAGUAUUUGCCCUCUUAAGAUCUUGCAUAUUGUUACAAGGCUGUGAUUUUGCACACUCACACAACAAAUGCUGUAAUGUUGUUUUUUUAAAGUUUACAGUGUGUUUGUAAUUAGAGGGUGAAUCUGUAAAUCCUGUAAUUUUCACUGUGUUACCUCUAUGUAGAAAAUUACAAGUUUUGUUCAUAAGGAAAAUAUGAACCAGAAUCAGGAACAACAAUCCAACAGUCGAUAAACACUUGUCACAAGUUUCUUGCCCCAGUUUUUUGGUAGAGUUCACACAUUCAGAAGACUGUAUUACAUUGCAUAUAAAGCCCUUUAUUCAGUAGUCUCUGUUGUGUUUACAGCUGCUUACUGUGCAACCAAAAGUGGUUUUUACAGUGCAGAAACCAUACCAUCAUUUUUUUUUUCAUUGCAUCUUGUGAUAAUUCACAGUCAGAUUGUUUUAGAAGGAUGAUUUGAGUGACAUUACAUUCUUGAAUAUGUGGAAAGAAUUAUGUUGCAAAAUAUUUCACAAGUGCUUAGCGUUGAAGUGAUUGUAAUUUUCUCCAAAGUUUUGUUUUUGUCUAUAUUCAGGGUGAGCAUUAAUAAAACAUGUAACUUUUUUGGAGUUGAGUUUUAACUUUUUUAUUUUGUGAAUGAAAUAUCAGACGUUCUGCGUAUUGAAUGUUUGGUAUUGUGACAGUGGCUAUGAAAAGAAAUCUGUCUUGUCUUCUCUUCUCUCUACAUGGAAGAUACUCAUUCUGUGUUGUGACUUGUUCUCAGUAAAUACCUGCCAUGAUGAGUCUUGCACAGUAAAUGAUUUCAUAUUACAUUUAAUUCAUUUCUUAACGUAUGCCCAUUUAUGGUGUAUGUCGUUUUGAAUGUUGUAUAUAAAUAUUACCAUUGUGUGGAGACUCCGCUUUGUCCAUAUGCAAACUGCAGCUGCACUUUUCUGUAUAUAUUGUUUAUGGGACUUUUGUUAUAUCAUGAUAGACUCUUUCAGAAAUUAAUAUAAUAUAUAGUCUUCCUUCGGGAAAUUAUUUGCUCAUAUACAUCCUGUAUGUAUUAGUUUGGAAUAUUAAAUUUAUUCAUGAAGGAAUGAGAAAACAUGUACAACUGCACACAGUUUUCCUUGAGAAGCCGAACCAGUUGGUAAACAAAAUCUUCACCGUAAGAUUUGAGGCUUUCACAGCGGUGAGUAUGAAGAUUUCUGUCUUCUGGGUUGUUGCGCUGUAUAGUCUGGUAGAUGUUUACCAACGUUUCAGAGGUCAUACUGCCUCCGUCAUCAGGGCGAGGGACCAUGAAUAUGAUGUGUGUAUGCUAAGGGAACAAGCAAGGUUCAUUUGUUUCUUAAAUACUCUGGAUGCUAAAUAGCAUGGUAAUUUUUUAUAACACUGAAGCAGUAUGUGUUAUGACAACGCACUUCAACAGUGGUCUUGAAGGUUAGGUGUUUAUUUAAGUUUUCUGUAAUGAUAUAGUUUAAGAAGUUGGAAACUACUGUCAUAAUGAAUCAAUAUAUUGGACAUGUUAUAAAUUUACCUUUUAUUUUCUCUAUUCUUAGCUGUAAUCAAAGGCAUUUAUCAUCUCAGUUAGUUUAUAAGACAUGAAGGAGGCAACUGUAACACUCUGAAAUGGCAAUAUAAUAUUCACCAUCUUAUUUGUCAUGAGUAAAAUUUGUGUAUAGAUUGUAAUGUGUUGCUAAACAGGAUGAUUCUUAGAUGUGGACAUUAUUACCUAAUGAUUAAUGUUACUGCUGAUACUACUGCUGCUGCUUCUACUAUAUUUCAUUUGUAAAAUAAAUGAAACCAAAAUGUACUGGUAUUUAAGUAAAAUUUAAGAAAGUUA